AUAUAUAUUGUCGGCGAAGGUUUUGGAUGCUUAGGUUUCACAAUCCAAUUUCAACUUCUAUCAAUGGGAUCCAGUAGAAAGCUUCAAGGGGAGAUCGAUCGAGUUCUAAAGAAAGUUCAGGAAGGUGUUGAUGUUUUCGACAGCACUUGGAACAAGGUUUACUAUACUGACAAUGCCUAUGAGAAGGAUAAGUUUGAGGCCGAUUUGAAGAAGGAGAUUAAGAAACUUCAAAGGUACAGGGACCAGAUUAAGAUAUGGUUACAGUCUAGCGAGAUCAAGGAUAAGGUUAGUGCCUCUUAUGAGCAGGUUCUGAAGGAUGCUCGCAAGCUUAUUGAGCGAGGAAUGGAACGCUAUAGGAUUUGUGAAAAGGAGUCAAAGAGAAAAGCUUUCUCUAAGGAAGGUCUGGGAAAGCAGCCUAAAACGGCUCAAAAUGAUAAAGACAAGUCAGAGACUAGAGAGUGGUUGAACGAUACGGUGUCUGAGUUGGAAUUUCAAAUCGAUAGCUUUGAGGCUAAGAUGGAGGAGCUAUUCGUAAGGAAAGGAAAAGCAAGACUUCCGAGACUGACUCAUUUAGGAUCAUCAAUUGCUAGGCACAAGGCUCAUAUAAUGAAGCUAGAGUUGAUAUUGAGGUUGCUAGAUAAUGAUGAAUUGAGUCCUGAGCAAGUCGACGACGAUAAAGACUUCAUUGAUGACUAUGUGGAACGAAAUCAGGAGGAUUUUGAUGAGUUUGGUGAUGUUGAUAUACUAUAUACCACCUUAUCUCUGGACAAAAUAGAGGUGCUUGAAGAUCUAGUUACCAUUAGGCUACCUGGCCUCGUUAAGGAAGACCUUGUUGAUACAAGUUUAAAUCCUAUUGAAGACCCCAUUAUACUUCGAGAUUUGUCGCAGUUGAAGAUUCCUCUACGAAAUUUAGUUAUGGAAACCAACAACUUCAAUGAAGAAUAUAUCAUCGCGAAGGGUGGAUUUGGGAUGGUGUAUAAAGCCAAAAAUGAACAUGGCACAAUUGCAGUAAAGAAGUUGGAUCCGAGGUCUUAUCAAGGAGGCCAUGAAUUCAUGAUGGAGAUUGCAUUGCUUUCGGCUUACACAUAACAAC